AUCUCAAACUACUGAACUUCCCAUAUUUACAAAUGACAGUCCGCCAGAGAACUAUAAUGCUCCAAUUCUUCAACGAGGGUGGCGGUAGUAGAUAACGACUUCGAUAGUAUACAUCAUUAUGGAGACCCACCCAUCACAUCUCAAACUUAGGCCUCGUCAAGAGGCGUGUCAAAGGAUGCACCGAAAGUAAACAAAGGCCCACAGAACAGCACUUAUACCUACCUACUGGCCGGAAUGACCCAAGCAACUGCACGUUAAAGGCCAAAGAUUCUCAUUACAUUCAGAUUCCCAAAAUAAGGCUGCUGGAUGCAGCUUGGAAACGAUAAGAUGAGGAUACCCCAUCGACGCAGUGCCCCUUGGCGGUCAUCUCACGCUCCACCAUGGGACAAGAAACGACAGGUGUUGGGUGAAGAAGAGUUGCUUGGCAAUGCAACGACGACGACAAUUGAUGGCGAAGAGGCGAAUAUUGUGCAAAGCACAGAGACUCCUGGAGAGGUCGGGGGGAGUUUGGCCAAUACCAUCGUAGCGAGUGCGACUUCAACAAAAGAAGAGUCCGAGUCGUUGUCCUCAUCAAUGAUAAAUGGUGUUACCAGUAGAGUCAUUACUGCAGAUAGUGAGGCUACCAACCCCGUCAAUACUGCUGAAACAGCCCUUCACUCUUCAGCGAGUAGUGGUCGAUCAGGAUCCAGUGUAACCGCUACAACCAGCUCUAUAUCAUCAAGCAAAGGCGGCAGUAUCAUGGCCAAUCCUAGUGAUACCGGCAAUGAAAAAAGCAAUAGGUCAGCAUCAUCGUUAGCAUCUGCUGCAAUGAGCUCUAGGAGCGGAACAGUAACCUCAGCGGUUCCAGUGAUUAGCCUAGCGAGCGUUUUACACCCCAUUCAGGUGAACACCUUCCCGAGUGAUUUCCCGGUGGAGGCCCAGACCUCGGCUUUGGUGGCUUCAGCAGGACGGGGUUAUGUCUUUCUGCCCAAUGAUGCCCUUGCCGACAGUAUGCUGCUCUUUAUAACAUUCUUUUUCUCUUUUCUCAUCCUCACUAUACUCGCUAUCAAGUUCGAUAAAUGUCUGAACAGGAGGCGAGGAGGGGGUAAGGAAGAUCAGGUGAUUGGGGAGGAGAUGAGGUGGGCGGAAGGGAAGGAGGUAUUGGACAGCCAAAUUAUUUGGCAAGGGAGAAGGGGGGGCAGGGACGAAGUGGGAUAUGUGGGGGGAAAGAGAGAGAGGAGGGGGAGAGAGGAAUGGAUAGGAGGGAGAAGAGUUGAAACAGGACCGGCUUUCAGGGGGAGAGAGAUGAGAGGGAGCGGGUUGAAGAUCCAAGUUUAAAAAAAAAAAAUGCCGGAAAAGAGCUCGCUUGCUAUUUGGCCUUGCAGCUUAGAAAAAGGAAAUCUAGCUGACUGCGAAAGGUGGAACAAAGUCUCAGUGUCAUGCAGAAAGAGAUACAACUAUAAGUCCAUCCAAAGAGGGACAGGGCGAGGAACCGCAUCACUCGGUAUCUGAUUUGGCUCUAAACCUGGAAUUCCGCCUACUGCCCCCUAUUACACCAUUCUUGGGCUCACGUACUCCUUUAUUACCGCUGGCACUCGAAAUUGAAAGCUGACUCUCCCUUCUCUUUCCCAAACUUGGCCCCAAUCUUGAUUGGGGGAUACCCAAGUUUGAGUCUCCUCCAAUCGAGAGACCCAGGGCGGAGUCUUUUUUUGAGGAGAAAAUGCUACCUUUCCUACUGGGUCCUUUCUCUCUCUUCCUUGUGUCUCCUUCCCCUUCCUCUUCUGCGUCAGAUGUGGGAAUAGAGUCGUAAUUAUAAUGUUCCCCAGCUCUGAAACUAGAAUGACGAGAUCGACGGCCAAGACCAGCUACAGGAGGUGGGAUGGGAGAAGGUGUGCGGGAGAAGGGAACGGCUUCUGGAUCGCUCAUUGCUUUCUAGCGUGAGGUCAACGGGGACAUGUUAAAGGAGAGCUUACAGUAGCCCAAAUAGCAGACGCUAAGAUAAUCACCGUCCCCAAAGCUGAGAGGAAAGAAGGUAUUGUCCCCCAAAGCACAAACUCGAAUAAAAGGGAGAAGACGACUUGGAGAUAUAUGGCGAGACCUGCUCGACCGGCUUUCUCGCGUUGGAGGCCGAGGGUUAGGAAUGUUUGGGCUGCGAACCCGAAUAUCUAUUUAGGGAAAUCAAGCAUCAAGAAGGAGUGACUGGUCAGCUGGCUGAAAGAGGGAAGGGAAGGGAGGGGACGUACACCGAUGGUGACGAUGAAUAGAAGCUCGUGAAGGGAAGAGACCCAUACGAUAUGACCGGGCUUAAAUAGAAGCCAUCUGGAAGCCAUUGGUGAUAGUACAUGUGUAAGAAAACCUUUCUUCGUAACCACCAGCUAGGUUUGGUUUGGUGUGGGAUAGUAUACUUUGUACUUACAAGCCAUGGACGCAAAGAAAACAGCAACAAAAGCCCAUGUCACUGCUAUUGCUCUUUCGGUCGUAUCAUUUCCCUCUUGAUCCCCUUCCCCAGGGGGCAGGGGCAAGUCCAACCUCGUCCCUCCACCUUCUCCUGGUAAAGUGAUAUCUUCUCUUUUCCCUUCCCCGCCAAAGAUGAAUGGCGGACGGCUUACGAGCACGACGCCGACCAGACAGAAGAAGCCUGCCAGUAUUUCACGUUGUGAGAGUGUCUCGUGCAGGAACAAGAAACCUAAGAGGGCGGUGACGCUAGGUGCGAGGAAUUGGAUUGUGACAGAAUCGGAAAGGGUAAGGCCUCUGAGGCUUUGAUAGCUUGACAGAAGACCCAUGAAGCCGAAGAAACCGCGCAGGAUGAGGAUACCGCGUAUGCCCGGUGGGCCGAGGAGAGGGUUAGGGUCGCGCUUGAUAAGCCAGAGGGAUAGGACGCAGCAGAUGGCUGUGAUGCCCAUUCGGACAAAGAUCAAAGUUGUGGUGGAUAUUUGGGUAGCGGAGAGAAAGUACUUGACAGUGAGACCCAUGAGGACGAAGAAUAAUUCCGAGAUGGCUACGAAGACGAGGCCGACAUUUUGGGAGAUGAAGUAGAUAAGUCCAGGGGGGAGUUUUGCUGUUAGCCAGUCAUCGACAGAGCUUGAGAACAUUUGCAAUCGAACAGAAGCAUUAUUAUCAGGUGAUGGCCGACGAGUAAUAGCAGUUGGCGAAGCUGGACUUGAUGUGAAUGAGGUCAAUUUCCCUCUUUUUGGGGAGAGAGUGACUGGGGAUAAUGGGACAGGAGCCUGGGUCAGAGGCAUUUUGGGCGAGCGGGGCGACCGUGCAGACAUGACGAGGGAUUGGAAUUGUCCACAGGAUAGUCCUUUGAGGUUCUAUCUAAUCUAUUUGCAGGCUUGUAUGUAAACCGU